AUGACUGAUGGAAUAUUUCAUAGUAUAGCUCAUACGGCAGAACAUCACCACCCCCAUCACCCUCACCCUCAUACACAACAUCACAAUCAAUCACCACCUCUACCAGCACCUCCACCAGUAUUAAUCACAACUUCAACCCCUACACCUCCACUUGCAGACAAUCUGACUCCUGACAGAGAAACUCCAAGUCCAAAAACAAGAGUUGAAUAUUUAAGAACUGCCCCUAAGUUAACUCAACAUCAUAGUGAUACUGAAGUUGUUACCCGAAAAUUCUUUAACACCGUAAUUGAAAGACGAAGUUCUUCACCUCAUCCAGGUGGUACUGAUAAUGAAAGUGAUCAUAAUGAAGAAGAACAUAUUGAUGAUUUAUUAGAUUAUUUCAAACAUAAACAAUCGGAACAAUAUCGAACAAUUCAAUUUAAAUCAACUCCACCAAAAACAACAAAAAAAUAUACAAAUCAAGUUUCAUUUAAUGAAAUCAAUUUACAAUGUGAUGAUGAUGAUGAACCUGAAUGGGAUGAUGCAUUAGGUUGGGAAUUAUUUAUGACAAGUGGUGGUAAAAGACCAACUAGUGCUUAUGGAUAUUCAUCAUCUUAUGCUCGAGGUAGAGAUUCAAGUUUAAGAUCUCCAUCACCCGGUAAAAUUUCACCCUCCCCUUUGGCUUCUCCAACAAGAAGAAGUGGAAGUGGUGGUAUGCUUGAUGAAGGUCCUCAUAGUAUAACUGAAAUGUUGGAUAGUUUAAGUAUUAAUAGUCUUAAUCAAGUUAUGUAUCCAACAGAACGAAUUGUAACUCAUAGAUGUGCAUCAGUCACCAAAAGACAUAGAUUAUAUGAUAAAUUAUAUAAAUAUCAAUUAUAUCCACUUAAACCGAUCUUACCUAAUAGAACUAUAUUAGUAUUUUUAUCAGGUAGAAAACAUACUUGGGUUGCAUUGGAUUGGAUAUUACAAAAAUUUAUUGAAAAUGGAGAUAAUAUAAUUGUUGUUUCGGCAAUAAAUUCAGCCUCAUUAUUUGAUAGUAAACGAAAAUCAAGAAGAGGCUCAUCUUAUACUUCCCCAAUUAGAAAUCAUCCAACUACUCCAAUUAUGAGAUUCCGUCAACGUACAAAACCAGAAAAUUUAAUAAAUAUUACCAAUGAUAUAAUGUCUUAUAUAAUGCAAAUUAUUAAUCCAAAUAUAAUUGCCAAAAUUACAGUAGAAAUUGUAGCUGGGAAAACUAAAGAUGUUUUAAAAGAAAUGUAUCAUUUAUAUGAACCAAAUUUAGUAUGUACUGGUACAAAACCAAAUCUGAGAACUGGAGCUCCAUUGAAAUCUUGGAAUUCUUCAAAAUUAACUGAUCGAUUAGUUAAGAAUUUCACAUUACCUGUAAUUGUUGUACCUGCUGUAAAUAUGGGAAAAUUUGAAUUGGAUUUACAAAAGAAAAUGAAUGAAAUGGCAGAUGAAAAAGAAUUGGAUACUCCAAGCACUACGACAUUAAUGGAUUAUCAACUUAAUGAAAUAGAUGAACAAGGAGAAUUACCAGAUGAAGACGAACUAGGUGCUGAUGAAUUAAGUGAUAUUAGUCGAACCGAAAGUGAAGAUUCCAUAAAUUCUCAUACAUCAACUCAUUCAUCUGAUACCACAUCUUCAGUAGAAUCAUAUGAUUCAUAUGAUGAGAUUUCUCGAUUAUACAUGAAUUACAAACAAGAAGUUUCCCAAUCCCUUAAAUCGAUACGUAAAUCAGAGCCAUUGGAUGAAGAAUACUACUUAAAACAAGCUAAAUUAAUCUCCGAUAAAUCUGCCGGAUUAUGUCAUGAAAUAAUGGAAAUUGAUCCUGAUUUUAGAGGACAGGGGAGUAAAUUAGCCAGAAUGAUAACUGGGUCAAAUUCAUUCGGUAUCGUCCCAUAUAAGACCAAAUCAUUAUUAGAUCCCGUGAAUGUUCCUCCACAGCAUAAGAUGUCUUUCAAACAAGUACAAGAACAACUUAAACGAAAUCGUCAGAAAGCAACAUUAGGACCACCUGAGAUUCUCAUUCAGUCACCAGCUUCAGAAGAAAGUCCUAGUCUACCACCACAUCCAUCCGCAUUGAAAUUCGUAGAACCAUCGAGGAAUGGAACAACAACUAGUAGUAGCCAGAAAAAGGAUAGUUUGAGUGUGGCUGCAAAGAAUAAAGGAAAGAGUUUGUAUAAGUCGUUAAGUUAUGAUGUGCCCUCAAGACAACCUGAGUUGAAUGUUCUGAAGUCACAUCCUGAUGAUUUGAAAUUGAAUAGAGAUAGAUCUACCAGAGAAUUAGUGAGUGAGAAUGAAGGGAUAGAUAAUAGGAAGAAUUCAAAGUCGUCAUCAUCAAAGAAGAAGUCAAAGAAGAAGCUGAAGUUUUGGAGUUUGUUCAAAUAG